CUUCUCGCGUUCUUUUUUUUUUCUAUUCUUUAAUUAUGGCUACUAUCCCUAUCUUAGCUACUACCUUUGAACUUGACCAAAAAGAACAUUCACAAGUCCUUCUUGAAUUGGAGUCAUUAUGUCGUCUUUAUUCUCUAUCUCCUGAAGAUCUAAAGUUCAAAUGGGAAGCUUUCUCUUUUAAUAAAAAGAAUGCACAAGUACCUACUGUUGAUCUUGUAAGGCAACUUAAAUCGACCAUACAACAUAAAUUCGAACAAACCUUACAACAACAACCUUCUCAAUCACAACGUUCCCGACCAUCUAUGAAACAACAGCAACCCGCACUCAAUUUUUCUGAAUAUAUGGACGUGGAUGCAGCACAAGAUCCAGUGGAUGAUUUUCUCUCAAAAUUGACUAGUGGUGGUGGUACUGACAUAUACCCCAAGAAGAAUGUCCCAGGCACUCGUGGUGAUAACAAGAAUUUGGCCACUAUACCUUCUACUUUGGAUAUUGAACAGUCUCAACCAACAACUCGAUUUCUGGAUCGCUCACAAAUGAAUACGAUAGAAUCUCAAUAUAAUCCUCAGUUAUCUGUUCGUGAUAAAAAUGUUUCAGUAGCAAAAGCUACCAUUCAAUCUGUCCAACCACCCAUUCAGAAAUAUCGAUAUAUGUUUGAAAAGAUUAGAAAUAGAGCUGAAGUAUUGGAUGAUCGAAUCGAUUAUAUUGCGGGUGUGAUUAACGAAGCUUUUGGAUUGGAAGAUGGAUUUGGUAAUCCCAGUCGAAUGACUCAAGGCACCAUUACUGCUGUAGGACGAAUUUGUUGUGAUGCAGCUGAAGGGAAACUGAAUGACAAGUCAAUUUUAUUGGAAACAUCAAGAUCAUUAGGAAUGGGCAAACGAGUAAAGUUGGAUAUUAGUAAAGUGAAUGAAUAUUCUCUAUUCCCAGGACAAAUUAUUGCUGUGGAAGGAAAAAAUACAACUGGAAAAUCUUUUUCUGUAGACAAGAUUUUAAUGCCUCCUUUACCGGAUAGUAUCGAAAAACAAACUUCAACCAACGAAAUUACACAAGUCAUUGUAGCAGCUGGACCUUAUACUCUAGAUAGUGAUUUCUCCUUUAUGCCAUUGGAUGAUCUUCUAUCGGUGUGUCAAGAAGAACAAGCAGAUGUUGUCAUAUUGAUGGGACCUUUUAUUUCGACUGCACAUCCUUUGAUUGCAAAAGGUCAAGUGGAUCAAUUACCAGAAGACAUUUUCCGAACUCAAAUUGCCACCAAGCUCAACCAUUUUGCCCAAUCCAAUCCUGGGACUCAAAUACUGAUAAUGCCUCAUGCACAUGAUAUAUUUCAAGAAUGGCCUCUCUUUCCUCAACCUGGUUUAUCACUUUCGUCCCUUCAUGUGACAGCUUCCUCUAUACAAUCCAUCAGCAACCCUUCAAUCUUUGAAAUUAAUGGAUCUAUUUUUGCUAUUGGCAAUGUGGACAUUUUACGAAGUAUCGGCAUUCAAGAAAUCAACAAGAAUGUACCCAUAGAACGAUUGUUGAAUUUAUCAAGACAUGUAUUACAACAACAAAACUUUUAUCCAUUGUUUCCGGCAUCACCAGGAGAUUCUAUCGACGCAGAUCAAAUGGCUCAUCUUCAAUUAUCGACAAAACCUGACUUUUUGAUUCUACCUUCACAUUUACGACAAUUUGCAAAGUUACUUGAUGAUGAUGAUGUUCUAUGUAUCAACCCUGGUCAUCUUUGUAAAGGUCGUUCUAGUGGUACUUUUGCAAAAUUGAUUAUUCAUCCUUCUAUGGACGAAUCAAAAACAUCGGAUAGAACAAGAAUAGAUUUAGUUAGAUUAUGAUAUUGUUUGGUUUUUGAUGACAAUAAAAGAAAAU